AUGUGGUGUUCUGGAACGGGUAAACUGUCUUGGGAGCCUGUGAUGUCCUUGCCAGGUUUUGUCCGUUACGUGUCGGCUGAAAUGCUACGUUGUGGUCACAGAAGGUUGACCGUCUUUUGCGUUAGGUUUCAGGUCACAGUUGAGGCAUCUGAAAAAGGUUGUUCCAAAAAAGAAUUCAUCCAUCUACUCCGUAAACUUGAGGAGAGAUAA